GACAGUACUGCACCCAGUGUUGCUGUUUUGGCGCUAGAAUCCAAUCUCUCUCCCGGUGGCCCGUGCUGUUACCGUAGCCACUGCACCACCAGGGCUCUACGCACUUCACCACCACAAGGGCCACAAGUUUAUGCAUAGCCAUUUAGCCAGCUGGGAUUUUAGACACUUUGCACUUCAGUGCCUUGCUGUGUGUGUAAACUCCGCAGAUUGUUCCCCCUCAUCUGGUCUUUAUCCGCAGAAAUAAGAUGAUGAGUAAAGAUCGUGACCGGGAGAGGGACGACCGUUCUAAGGAGCGUGAGCGAGAUCGUGGCGAUCGGGAUCGAGACAGAGAGCGGGAUCGAGAGCGCGGCGGGGGCGUAGGCCCGGGGGGCGUAGGGGGGGUGUUGCCCCCGGCGAUGGGUCUGAUGGGGGGCGUGGGGGGGUUGGGAGGGGGUCUCCUGCCCCCCCUUAAACAGACGGCCAUGCAGCAACAGAUCAACCCCUUCACAAACCUGCCACACACACAGAGAUACUAUGAGAUCCUCAAGAAGCGUCUGCAGCUGCCGGUGUGGGAGUAUAAGGAGCGAUUCUCAGACAUCCUGACCAGGAACCAAACCUUCGUCCUGGUGGGAGAAACCGGCUCAGGGAAGACCACACAGAUUCCUCAGUGGUGUGUGGACUCUGUGCGUUGCCUGGGGGGUCCUAAACGCGGCGUGGCGUGUACGCAGCCCAGAAGAGUGGCGGCCAUGUCUGUAGCGCAGCGCGUCGCCGACGAGAUGGACGUGAUGCUCGGACAGGAAGUGGGGUACUCCAUACGCUUUGAAGACUGCAGCUCCGCCAAGACCAUCCUCAAGUACAUGACAGAUGGAAUGUUAUUGAGGGAGGCGAUGAAUGAUCCGCUAUUGGAACGUUACGGCGUCAUCAUUCUGGACGAGGCUCACGAGAGGACGCUGGCCACAGACAUACUGAUGGGGGUCCUAAAAGAAGUGGUCAAGCAACGCAACGACCUGAAGAUCAUCGUGAUGAGUGCUACUCUGGACGCGGGGAAGUUCCAGGUGUAUUUCGACUCCUGCCCUCUGCUGACGAUUCCUGGACGAACUCACCCAGUGGAGAUCUUCUACACGCCCGAACCAGAGAGAGAUUACUUGGAGGCGGCGAUCAGGACGGUGAUCCAGAUCCACAUGUGUGAAGAAGACGAAGGAGACGUGCUGCUCUUCCUCACCGGACAAGAGGAGAUUGACGAGGCGUGUAAGCGUAUCAAGCGGGAGGUGGACGACUUGGGCCCGGAGGUGGGCGACAUCAAGAUCAUCCCGCUCUACUCCACGCUGCCCCCCCAGCAGCAGCAGCGCAUCUUCGAGCCCCCCCCACCCCGGAAACCCAGCGGCGCCAUCGGCAGGAAGGUGGUGGUGUCUACCAACAUUGCUGAGACGUCGUUGACUAUCGAUGGUGUCGUGUUCGUGAUCGAUCCCGGAUUCGCCAAACAAAAGGUGUAUAAUCCUCGUAUCAGGGUGGAGUCUCUCCUGGUGACGGCGAUCUCGAAGGCGUCAGCGCAGCAGCGCGCCGGCAGAGCUGGAAGGACGCGGCCGGGGAAAUGCUUUAGACUCUACACAGAGAAGGCCUACAAGACAGAGAUGCAGGACAACACCUAUCCCGAGAUCCUGAGGUCCAAUUUGGGCUCGGUGGUUCUGCAGCUGAAGAAGCUCGGCAUUGACGACCUGGUGCACUUUGACUUCAUGGACCCUCCAGCUCCUGAGACGUUGAUGAGGGCGUUGGAGCUUCUUAACUACCUGGCGGCUCUGAAUGACGAUGGGGACCUGACUGAGUUGGGCUCCAUGAUGGCCGAGUUCCCCCUCGACCCCCAGCUGGCCAAGAUGGUCAUCGCCUCCUGCGAGUUCAACUGCAGCAACGAGAUCCUCUCCAUCACCGCCAUGCUAUCAGUCCCGCAGUGUUUCGUGCGGCCCACGGAAGCCAAGAAGGCGGCAGACGAGUCCAAGAUGAGAUUCGCUCACAUCGACGGAGAUCACCUGACCCUACUCAACGUCUACCACGCCUUCAAACAGAAUCACGAGAGUGUGCAGUGGUGCUAUGACAACUUUGUAAACUACCGUUCGCUGAUGUCUGCUGAUAACGUGAGGCAGCAGCUGAGUCGCAUCAUGGAUCGCUUCAACCUCCCGCGCCGAUCAACAGACUUCACCAGCAGAGAUUACUACAUCAACAUCCGCCGAGCCCUCGUCACCGGCUUCUUCAUGCAGGUGGCCCAUCUUGAGCGUACGGGCCACCACUUGACUGUAAAGGAUAACCAGGUGGUCCAGCUUCAUCCGUCUACAGUUCUGGACCACAAGCCCGAGUGGGUCCUUUACAACGAGUUCGUGCUCACCACCAAGAACUACAUCCGGACCUGCACAGACAUCAAGCCAGAGUGGUUAGUGAAGAUCGCUCCUCAAUACUACGAGAUGGGGAACUUCCCUCAGUGCGAAGCCAAGAGACAACUGGAGCGGAUCGUCGCCAAACUGCAGACGAAAGAAUACUCACAAUACUGAUCACACACACACACACACACACACACGCCUUCCGAUACUCAGCAACACACAUAGUACUUUGGAAUGCACACACACACACACACACACACACACACACACACACACACACACACACACACACACACACACACACACACGUGCAAGCGCGCGCACACAUACGGACUGUGGUCAGCAAUGGAUGUCUUGAGUUGUACGGAGCUCUGAUGUCUUUCUUGAGUCUCGGAGCUCUAAAUUGUACAUCACACACACACACACACACACACACACACACACACACACACACACACACACACGGUCUCGGAGCUCUAGGUUGUAUAUUGCCUCCCCUGCUCUCUCUAGUUUAGUUUAGUUUAGUUGGCAGAUCUUGUUUGUUUUUGUCGUUUUGUUAAAUUUGAUUAUUUUUUAUAUCUGCUACACCCGCCCAUCCCCCCACCCCUCUCUCCUCGUGGGCGUCGGCCUCUAGUUGGGUCUGUUGCCAUGGGAACAUGAUGGUUGCCCGCGGUGACGAGCUUCAUGAGCUUCUUGCCUGUCGGGCCUCGACAUUCCUUCAAGACCUGCGGCCCCAAAUACACACAACCCACUUCAGCUCAAACCACCCCCCCCCAUCCCUAAACGUGUGGCCCAACCCCUCCUGCCCUCUCUCGCAAGCUCUCAUACCCCUCCCCACGUCAA